AUGACCAAUGACACAGAAAUUAUUAUAGAGCCAAAUCUGGCGACUGGUGUUGCCGUCGCUCAGCUAAAAUUGUUCAAAAAUUCCAGAUUCACCGCCAGAUUUUUUCCUCUCUUUUCGUCAGAUGCCAAAUAUUUCGUCAUAAAUGGGUACGGAAUCAUAAAAACGUUUGGAGGGGCUGAUCGUAAAAAUAAUGAAAACAGCAUUCACUUCUGCCCAAAUUUUGUGGUUCACGUCCAACUUGCCAUCGAACAGCGACAUCAACCACCACCGACAUCAACCACCACCGCCAUCUCAACAACAGCAACAAUAAUAAUAAUAAAAAUAAUGAGGAGGAGGAAGAUGAAAAUUCUCCUCACCGCAUCCAUCCUAAAACUUGCCUACCACCACAAGCUGUUCAUAAACUUCGUCACAUCAUCCAACAACAUUUGCAACAAACGUUUCAACAUUCAAUUCACUGGAGUCAUCAACUUUGAUAACGAUGAUGCUUUUGCUAGGAACAAUGACGACGACGAUGAGGAUUAUGAUGAAGUUGGGGAAAUUUUGGGCAAUAAAAAAUUGACGAUGUUGUUGGUUGGUGUACUGGCGGCGACUUGUACGGACUUUCGGCCUCCAGCCCCCCAAUAUUUAACCAUUCGGGCUCAAGCCUAUUUUGAGCUCCCUCAAUAUUUGAAUAUAAAUAUUUAA